AACGAACUCAGCCUCGGUGAAAUCCUACAUUUCCCAUGUUACCCCGCGGACCCGGAAGUGCGUCAUCACGCUUGACCUUGCACCCUUCUUCACUUGCUUUUCUAGAAGGAGAGGACGAGCAUGGCGAAUAAAGAGCCCGGUGGUUUUCUGCAGCAGCUGCGGCAGAUCGCAGGCAGGAUGUCGUCGGGACCUCGGGGUGCAGGACUCGGGCUCAAACUGCUGAUCGGUGCCGGAGCUCUGGCUUACGGAGUGAAGGAAGCAACAUACACAGUUGAAGGAGGACAGAGGGCCAUCAUCUUCAACAGGAUCGGAGGGAUGCAGAUGGACACUGUUCUGGCUGAGGGACUCCACUUCAGGAUUCCCUGGUUCCAGUAUCCCAUCAUCUACGACAUCAGAGCCAAGCCCAGAAAGAUCUCCUCGCUGACCGGGAGCAAAGACCUUCAGAUGGUGAACAUCGCGCUGCGGGUCCUGUCCCGGCCGGUGGCGUCCAACCUGCCCACCCUCUACCAGCAGCUGGGACAGGACUACGACGAGCGCGUCCUGCCCUCCAUCGUCAACGAGGUGCUGAAGAGCGUGGUGGCAAAGUUCAACGCAUCACAGCUCAUCACGCAGAGGGCACAGGUUUCCCUGCUGAUCCGCCGGGAGCUGUUUGAGCGGGCGAAAGACUUUAACAUCAUCCUGGAUGACGUGGCCAUCACAGAGCUCAGCUUCAGUCGAGAGUACACGGCCGCCGUCGAGGCCAAACAAGUCGCCCAGCAGGAGGCGCAGCGAGCUCAGUUUUAUGUGGAAAAGGCCAAACAGGACCAGAGGCAGAAGAUCAUCCAGGCUGAAGGAGAAGCUCAGGCUGCUAAGAUGCUGGGCGAGGCCGUGACGAAGAAUCCAGGCUACCUGAAACUCAGGAAGAUUCGAGCGGCGCAGAACAUCGCCAAGACGGUGGCGCAGUCCCAGAACAAAGUCUACCUGAGUGCUGACAGCCUGGUGCUCAACCUGCAGGACAGAGACAGCUUCAAUUUGUCGCUGAAGUAAGCCGACGGCUUCCUGUCGGGCUGUCGUCGUUCCUGCUGGUUCGUUUCUACAGAAAGAACACCUCACACCUGGCUCAUUUCUCAGCUCCCGGCCGCAGGAUGUCAGUCUGGUCCAGGUCCUGACUUUGAUCUGUGCGUCGUGUCAUCUGCUCGAGACGUUUUGUCUGAAAGGUUCCUCUGCUGUCAGUUAAAGUCCUGAUUUCUUCACCGUUUAAUUUGUGAAUGAGAAUCAGUUUCCCUCGGAGGAAGGAAUCUGCUGCUUUUCCUCCACGUUAACUUCCUGUUAGCUUGUUUCAAGCCUCUCAGCUCCUUCCUGUGUGUUUUUGUCCUUGUGGACACUUGAGUGUCAUCAGUCCACAGUUUGUCACAUGAAUAAGCUACGAGUGCUGAUACAUAACAAGUUGAAACAAACAAAGCUCCAUUUUCAUGAAUAAAAUGUAAAGACUUGAACCAACAGCGGAGGAAUCUUUUAAAGCGUCGGUUCUUCUGAAGCACACACAGUUUUCACUUCCCAUCUAAAUCUCAGCCUUCCCUCCUCCCUGAUGUGACCUGCUGUGCUUUCUGUUCACUGAGGUGUGACGAAUCAGAUUAACUGCUUUAGCACUAGAAGUUUGUUUUGUGGAUCUCUGAUGGCCGUUUAGGUUUAAGCAUGCUCAGUGUCAAAACCGUGUGUGUGAUUUGGGUGAACUGAGCCUUUAAGUGAACCGAGCAGAGCCCUGCUGGUCUGAAGGGAACUCUGAACCUGGAAACCUGUCGGUUAGACGUGUCACUGGUUUGUCUCGGUCGCACGUGGACGUGGACGUGGACGCUUCGUGACGUGGUUUCCUCCCUGAGGGUCUCAGCUGGACUCCCGCUGCACAGCCGGGCCUGGACGUGAGUCACCGAGCUUUCAGCCUGGUGCCUUUGACACCCGACAGUCUGUAGGAAACCGUCAUCAUCGUGUCUGUCUGUUGUGUCCAUAGAGUCUCACCUGUCAUGUUCAGUGUUUGCCAUUAAAGGAAAUUUGCUUAUACGA